UUAGAUAUUAGUUCAUACACUAUUGGAUAUCAGUUAGUAUAUACUAACAAAAAGACCAGUUAGCAGAUUAACCAGGUUGGAGCUCAUCAGUUCCGCGAUGGAAUGGAACAAUUUCCUUUCUCCGAAUCCUAAGAUCGUAAUAGGCGAGACCCCCAAUCACCGAGAAAAAUCAUGGUCUUUGCCUCUCUUUCUUUGAUCUCUACCGUUUGAAACUUAGAUCUAUGUUAGAUCUACUCAGAUGAACCAUCGUGUUCGGCCAUAUCUCCUUCUCCGACGGGAGUUUGAGCUUCAAGAAAUCCAGUUCCGAACGCCAUUGCCCGUCCCUCUGGUUCCCCAUCUUUUCAUUCUCGUACGCUGGUUAGAACUCCUGUAUUUGAUUUUCGCUUUCUCUCUGUUUUUGUUUAGGUUUUCGGCGAAGUCUCUCUCGGUUGCGCUGUCGGCCUCUAGCACGGAGGCGAAGUCUACAAGCUUUGAAACUUCAGUUUUGAUAACGGAGAUGAAUUUCGUGCUUGUUGUGUGCGCUGAGGAGAAGCGGGAGGUGAAGCACUUGAUCAAUGUCGAUGAUUGUAAGAGAACUUAUGCAGGUGUGAACUAUAGAAAGUCGAAGCAUUAUUGAAUUGCAUUGAGGUCAAGGUAACAUUUUGACUCUAUUACUUUAUCUCGGUUAUGCUUGAUUUGUUUAAGUUUCUAAAGAGAAAUGAAUACUAGAGAAUAUAUGUGAAUCCCCCUUUUUAUGAUUCUGCAGCAGAGCUGAGGUUCCUCAAGGUAUAUUUUCUUUAUAACUUCAAGUUUUUCUUUCAUUUACAUGAGUGUUGAUGUGCAUCAUUCUUAGUGUUGCUGUUGUUGUAAUUUGCUGCAAAGCCAAAGUGUUGCACAGGGCUGAACAAAGGGUUAGCUUUAACCAAUCAGAGUCAAAGGUUAGGAUCAUAUUGUUGCAGUGUUAGGUGUUUCUUUGAUACUUAACUAAAGUUUUCUUCUGUGAAUAUGGUUUCAAAAGAAAGCAAUGAAUGAUGUGGCUGAUGUAGAAGACAACAAUGUUUGAUAUUGUGGAUCUUGCUAGAACUUGUCUUUGUUCAAGUUUAACAUUAUACCUUUCAUUGUGAAUCGUUAGUUGUUGAGUUUUUAUUGAUUUGAUUUCUUUUUGAUAAUUAAUGCAGUGAGUAAUUUGUAUUGUGAGUGAACUUAGCAAUUUAUGAGAAAUUUGAAAUGCAGAAGCAGGUAAUAGGGGUUCUUGAAAUUUAUAAGAAAAUUGAAUGCAAAUCCACUUGCUAAAUUCGUCAUUAAA